CCUGACUCGACUUGUAUUAAAAGAUUAUUCUAAAACUUUCUAUAAACAAACAAAACUAAAAAAAAAGUUCAGAGUGUUGUCAUUAUGUUUAAAAUAGAGCAGGAUGGCAGUGGAAACGGAAUUGGUUGAUAAUUUUAAUUACAUCUGGAUGCUUUAUAGGAAGUUGUUAUAUGCAUAGAAAAUUUUUAUAUGUUAGUUUAAGUAUUGAAUUUUAUUUAUGAGAGACAUCAAGACAGAAAAUCAUAAAAACAGAAAAAUGGCUGUAGCAGUUGGCCAGCAAUAUCUUUCAGGUGUUACCAUGGGGAAAAACCAGCAAACAAAUGUAACAGAAGAAAAAGUUGAAAAACUCAUUAAAUUCCAGUUGUUACGAUUUGCUAGAAAACGAAGACUUCUUUGUAAAAAUGGCAUGUAUUUAGCGAUUGACAAAAAUGGAGUUCAUGGUACUAAAGAUCCAAACAACCCGUAUGCUGAACUUCAAGUGCUAUCGAUAGGAUCGGACAUGCUAGCGAUAUGGGGAACAAAAGCGAGUUUAUACUUAGCAGUACAUCCUGAAGAUGGCACAAUAUAUACGACAGCCGAGGAAGGCAGACAUUGUGUUUUCAUAGAAUCACUUCUUCCAGAUUUUUAUAGCUUCUAUGAAAGUUACAGAUCAGUUUAUGAGGGUCAACCACAAUGCAUACAACUAAAUUUACAAAAUAAACUAGACACAGUUGAUAUUAUGUCACUUCCACCUCGAAGUGGACAAUUUAUAUGGGAGUUAUUUGAUGACGCUUACAAAUAAAUAAUGGUAAUUUAUAAAACCAGUAGCACAAAUUACAACUAGUGAAAUUCGAGAUAAAUAAGGCUUUACUUUAAUAUGAAAAAGCACACUCAAUUUAAGAAUUUCAACAUAUAAUUUUUGCUUGCCCCAGGAGGCAUUAAAGAAAAAAUAUAAUAACUGGUUGAUUUAUCUAACAUAUUUUUCCCUCUUUUCAUGAUAAUUAUUUGUUUCAUUUUGUUUGAAAUACACAUUAUUACAAAGUAAUAGAUGCUAAAUGUUUAAAUUUUGUAUGUUGUAUAUAUUUACAUAUAUAUUUAUAUAUAUGAGGAGUGAACAUAUUUAAAAUGAUUUCUGUAAAAAAAUGUUUGUUUUUCAUGCUAAAAUAAUUGCACACAGACAAUGCAAAUGUUUCGAAGGUAGACAGCCUGUCUGAUCAUGUUAAUCAUUUUAAUGAUUGCUUUAAGAUGAAAAAUCAGUUAUCACAGCAAC